AUGGCACUUCUUGAAGGGUCAUCGGCGAAGGAUUGGUUGAGUCCCGAAUACCGGUUCUUCUACCAAUUUCCUUUGCCCAUACCGCCCGUGAAGCAGCCGAAGUUGUCGAUCACCAACCCUGUCACUAGCAAGCAAAUUGACUACUAUGAGAUCGACAUUGUGCCUUUCAAGCAGCAGGUCUACCCCGACAAGGGGCUGACUUCACUCGUUGGCUACGAUGGUAUUUCCCCAGGCCCUACCUUUCUCAUCCCUAGGGGUCGUGAGACUGUUGUCAGAUUUACCAACAAGGCUAUCCUGCCGAGUGCUGUGCAUCUCCAUGGGUCGCCGUCUAGGGCACCUUGGGAUGGAUGGGCUGAGGAUAGGAUCUUACCCGGGCAGUACAAGGACUACUACUACCCCAACAGCCAGAGUGGCCGCUUUCUGUGGUAUCAUGACCACGCAAUGGAUAUUACGGCGGUGAACGCAUACUUUGGCCAGGCCGGCGCCUACAUCAUUCAAGAUCCUGCAGAAGAUGCACUAGGUCUUCCUACUGGCUAUGGCGUGAACGACAUCCCCUUGGUAUUGGCUUCCAAGCAAUAUAACAAAGAUGGUUCUCUUUUCUCUCCUGCUGGCGAGACAGACAGCCUCUGGGGCGACGUCAUUCACGUCAACGGUCAGCCGUGGCCCUUCUUCAAGGUCGAGCCUCGCAAGUAUCGUCUUCGCUUUCUCAACGCUGCAGUUUCCAGGUCCUUCAUUCUCUAUUUCAAGCGCCAGGCCGGCGGGGCCAACAUUCCUUUCCAGGUGAUCGCCUCUGACGCCGGCCUUCUCACUGGCCCCAUCACCUCAAGCACACUCACUAUGUCCAUGGCAGAGCGUUGGGAGGUGGUGUUCGACUUUUCCAACUAUGCCGGACAAAACAUCACGCUCAUGAAUCAGAAGGAUGUUGGCAAGGAUAAGGACUACGGCUUCACUAACCAGGUUAUGCGAUUCGUCGUCGGGAACAAAGCUGUGGUCGACAAUUCUGUCGUUCCUGCCAAGUUGCGAGACGUCCCCUUUCCGCCGCGUCAAGGCAAUGGUGUUGAUCGUCAUUUCGAGUUUCAUCGACAGAACGGUCUGUGGAAGAUUAACGGUGUCGGUUUCAGUGACGUCCAGAACCGCAUUCUCGCCAGGGUUCCCCGCGGCACUGUUGAAAUUUGGGAAUUUGAAAAUGGUGGCGGUGGAUGGACGCACCCCAUUCAUGUGCACCUGGUCGACUUCCGCAUUCUUAGCCGAACAAAGGCGAAGCGUCCAGUUCUUCCUUAUGAGGCUGCUGGCCUGAAGGACGUGGUGUGGCUCGACUCCGGCGAGGUAGUCCGCGUGGAAGCGCACUAUGCCCCUUGGGACGGGGUCUACAUGUUCCACUGCCACAAUCUCAUCCAUGAGGAUCACGAAAUGAUGGCCGCCUUCAACGUGACGGCACUGGCCGACUUUGGCUACAACGAAACCUCUUUCGCCGAUCCAAUGGAGGCCAGAUGGAGAGCUGUACCCGUCACACCCGCCGCCUUUAGCACUGACGCCAUCAUCAGGAAGGUCCAGUUCAUGGCGUCUCUUCAGCCUUACAACAAUGUCGACGAGGUGAUGGCGAGACUCGACCAGUACUGGUCUACUCACGGCGGUGUAAAGAUGAAGCGUGUUAAGAGAUUCAACCAGGACGCCAUCAAUGGACCCGAACAGUAG